AUGCCUCUUCCUCCUCAUCAAGAUCUUGUUCAGCAACAACAACAGAGCUCGACGCUGUCGUUGGAAAUUGUUGUGGAGAGAGCAACAAAAUUGAUCGCUGCCGAUAUUAUUACAAAUUCAUCGGAUCCGUAUGUGGUGGUGAAAGUUCCACAUCAAGGACAAACGAAAGAAGAACGGACGAGUAUCAUCAAACGAAAUCUAAAUCCCGAGUGGAAUGAAAAGUUAGAGUUUUUUGGAUUGAAAAUGCAAGAACGACUGGUUGUGACAUUUGAAGUUUACGAUUGGGAUCGACUCAAGAAAGAUGACUUUAUUGGAAGUGUGGACAUGCUCAUUCCAAUGAGGAGAAUCCAAACAGAUAAAGAAUACUUGUUACAGCUUGAUUUGAAUCAUGUAAAAUCAGGAACACUACAUGUCAAAUACAAGCUUGCAAAACGUACGGAGCAGCCAUCUUCUUCGGUGUGUGAUGAAGACGCCUCUGGUGGCUCUACCAUCGAGUCAUUCUCUCCUCGAAGUAGAAAAGAAUUUAAAAAAGUGUACGAGUUUCCAAGUCACACCUUUGUGCCCGUAGUACCUCGUGAAUUUGAGCUAUGCAGUAGAAAUAUUGGCAACAAGGCAUUCUCAGCCGUAUUUUCAGAUUCGGUUGUUUCCCUUGCCAUUACCUAUAAGGACAUAUCAUCAUUGGAUUUUGUGGAAUCAAGUAUGUCAAGUGUAGAACAAUAUUUGAAAUCCUUGAGGCCCACAUGUGAACAAAAUGGUGGCUCCCUUCAACUUGUGACAGAAAAUGCAGACAAAACUUAUCUUUUUGAAAGUGGAAAAUUCACCAAAGUACUCGAAACCUCUCUCAUCAAGAAAAACAGUUUUGGUGAUGCCGAGUUAUGCAUUACCAUCUAUGCAUGCUGUGUGGGAUAUACUGUGAUGGCCAUUUUCACACAAAUUGCUCCUUCCUUUCUCCAACCUCAACAACAACUUCAAACCCUAAUUGACAUUGUUAACAGAACAAUUGUAAAGAAGUUCUGA